AUGGCAGUCAACAUAGGCCUAGCUGUUGGCCUUUCUAUUGGGCUAGUAAUCCCUCUCACCAUCGCUUUGAUAAUAUUGGCUGUGACCUAUAGCCAUCGCAGCUGUCCAUUUAGACACCCAAAAUUGCCUCAGCCUGAUGCUUGCCAAACUAAGAAUACAGAAAACUGGCUCAAUCUAUACCACGCAACCCGUCCACUUUCCCUAACUGAGAAGACCCGAAGUAUCUUGGAGGUGCUGAGGCUGGUCAGGAAGCCUAUAGUCCAGGAGGUAUAUGUGAUGGAAAACGGGACCAAAGUCUCGAAGUGA